GCAGGCGCACCGCCCGCCCGUCUGCAGCCCGGGCGCUCUCAGUGCAGAUCCCGGGGAGUUGAUGGCAGGAGCGCGGUGCAGCCCCCCGGCGGAGAGCGGUGCGCGGCGGAGCCCUGAGCCCAAAAUGUGUGGGGAGGAAGACAGCGGCUGCAGCAGCUCCGGGAGCCCGAGGGACGGGGCCGGGCACCCGCUGGUUACCCAGCUCUCCUGACCUGCAUACCCCCUCCCCACACAUCGCUCCCCCAAAGAAUGUCAGCCAAGUCCAAGGGGACCCCCGCCUCCUCCUCGCCACCCGAGGGGCCGCCCGCAGCCUCCAAAGCCAAGGUGAAGGAACAGAUCAAGAUCAUCGUGGAGGAUCUGGAAUUAGUCCUGGGGGACCUGAAAGACGUGGCCAAGGAACUCAAGGAGGUGGUUGACCAGAUUGACACAUUGACAUCUGACCUGCAGCUGGAGGAUGAGAUGACAGACAGUUCCAAAACUGACACGCUGAACAGCAGCUCAAGCAGCACAACAGCGUCCAGCUUGGAGAAAGCCAAAGUGCGUGCUAAUGCACCUCUCAUCAAGCCACCAGCACACCCAUCUGCCAUUCUCACCGUACUGAGGAAACCCAAUCCACCACCACCUCCACCACGGUUGACUCCUGUAAAGUGUGAAGACCCUCACAGGCCUGUUCCUUCUGCCAACCCUGUAAAGACUAAUGGGACCCUACUUCGAAAUGGAGGUUUACCAGGAGGACCAAACAAGAUUCCUAAUGGGGAUGUAUUUUGUAUACCUAAUAGUAACUUGGACAAAGUUCCAAUGCAUCCUCUGAUUCAUAGACCUGAUAAAGACAGGUGUCCUCAGACAGGAACCCGGGAACGGGUACGAUUUAGUGAGAAAGUGCAGUACCAUGGGUAUUGCCCUGAUUGUGACGUUCGGUAUAACAUUAAAAACAGGGAGGUCCACUUACACAGCGAGCCGGCCCACACGCUGGGAAAGCUUCCUCACCAAUGUCCUCCUUUACCGCCGCCUCCUCCCCCUCUUCCUCCAUUUCCUCUAGAAAAUGGAGGGUUGGGAAUGAGUCCCAGUAAUAGCUUUCCCCCUCUCAGACCUGCGACUGUGCCUCCACAAACUGCACCAAAACCCCAGAAGACCAUCUUGAGAAAGUCAACCACUACAACAGUGUGAUGUAUGCCACUUGAAAAACUGUUUUUUUCCUAUAUAUAAACAUAAACAAAUAGGUAAUGAGCACUUUCUACUCAAGCAAUAAAAAGCCCAAAUAUAUUACAUCCUGUAUUCAGCGAAGCGGCAUAAAAUUCAUAUGCUCCUUCAGGCUGGAAGGAAUAUCUACAUUUGGAGGCAUGUCAGUUAUUUCUUUGAUGUCAGUUUCAUCAUUGGGACUUCUUGCAGGCCAGAUCUGAUUAAAGUAACCAGGAACCUGACCCUCCUUGGAGCAUGGAAGCCCUUAGAGUCAGAGCACAACUAAUCACUGGUGUAAUCUGCAUCAAAUCAUCUGCCUCAGAUCUGACCGCUACGAGCUACAAGCUGAGCCCUGAUAAAAGCCACAGCCUUAAAUUCUGUUCACUCAGAAAGAAGAAUAAAGAGGACUAAAUACCUUGCCCCAUACAGAAACAACUGUCUCCAAGACUGACCCUUAAGGAGUUCAGUACUGAGCAAUUAGAGUAAUAAACAAUAAAUCAAUUUAUCAUGCGGUCCAGCCAGCAUCCAAAAAAUAUUUAAGUAUGUAGCCAAAAGGAAACAUGAAGCACUUGAGUGAUUGCAAGAAAAGCAAUGCAUGUACAACAACAGAGGAAUAUUGCUAUUUGUGGGGAAAGAAAACCUCUGCCAUCCCUUGUACAUAUUCAAAGCCAUAGAAGAACGGAGCAUCAGUGAUGCUCAAAUGCUUGAAAGGAUGUUGUCUCCUGUUCUCCACCCAAAUCUGAAGAAAAAAAGUUCACUGUUACAGAUUGCAUCUCAAUGCACUUCUAAUAUUUGCACUGUCACUUCCAUUCAGGGUCAUGAUGUGUGCCAUCAUUUGCACAGAUGGUCCCAUGAGAUUUUAGACCGCAACAGCUGUAUCUUGCAGGGGCUCCAAAAGGAAGUAAGAAGCUGAAGAAAAGGAAUGCUCUCUUACAGGGAGGAUUUCUCCCCACAGCAAAAUAGUCCUUCGUAAGAUUAAAAGAAGUGUAUGAAAAAAGCAUCAACAUGAAAAAGUGGAUUUAAAAAGGGAUCUAAUUUUUUUUUAUGAAAUUCAUUUUAUAUCAUAGUAACAGCCAACAGAUUGAGCCUAUUGAAACUAUACACCCAGAAUGUUCCUGUUGGACAUUAGCAGUAUCCUCCUAGAAAAUAUUAAAGAAAAAAGUCAUUUGUAAUAUGUAUUUGACAUAAUACUUUUUAUAGCGAUUUAUCUAUGCUUCAUGGAGAAAUGUAAAAGACAAACAAACAGCAUUUUCAGUUUAUUUUUCUAAAUAAAUGUGUUGUUUGUAUUAUUUGCAGUCACUUAUUUUAGAUGGUUUUCAUUACCCCAAAAAAAGAAUUUAAAGAUGGAACCAAAACACAGCAACUGUUUUGCCAUGUUAAAUCAUAACAAUUGCAGACUGAAAGCUUUAAUAUAAAUAGUAUAAUUUGUAAAAUUAUAAAGUAUAUUUAUACUGGCAAAUAUGUAUGGACAACAAGAAGGAGGUAUUUUAACUCUUAGUUUCAGUACAUAGAUUUUGAUAGUCACAUAAAUGAAUGUGAAGUUACAUAAUUGGUACAGGGUUUUUUUCUGUAAUACGUUGUAGCAAAUGAAGCUUCAGAUGCCUAGGAAUUCAGAGAACAAUUCUAAUGUUCAAGAUUUUACAAAAUUACACAGUCCCCUUGUCAAGUGAUUCAUUUAAUCCAGAAACCACUUUUUUCAUACUGUAACAUACAAGGCCAUUAAAUAUGCCGCUAUUUGGUCAGGAGGAAUUUGGGAACUUAAGGGGUAAUAGAGAUUGAUCAUUACAGUCAUCCACAGAUUUCAUUUAGGAACAGUCAUUGUAUCUGUCUAAUGGAGUAUUUUGUUAUCAAGUCAUUGAACACACUGAUUCUAGAGCUGUUUUGAAUAAAAAUAUAUAUUUUCCCUUUUUUCCAUAA